AUGAACAAAGACGAUUGUCGCGCCGAGUCUAACUCGAAUAUUCGAAAUAAAACCCCGGCGAGACAACGAGAAUCAUUAUGCGACGUGCCAGACAACCUCGGUGCUUUCCAAUGCGCGUCACAGGACGCGCGAGAACGAGAAGCGUUGUUGUACCUGGAGGAGAAAAGAAUUUACGACAUCGUCGAUUUCCUGAUGGGCAAUCUCCUGCUGCGUCGGCCUAACGAUCCUUACGAGUACCUGACUCAGCUUCUGGACAAAUGCGCGCUGUCUCGUGACGGCCUCGUCAAUCCUCCGUCCCCUUUUUCUUCGCGAGAUAUAAUAGCAUGGGCCAAGAGAGCACAUUCCACGCUCAUAGAACGAGGCCGCAGCGAGAAGAAAGCGAGACGAGAGAAAGACACGACCGCCUGCAACGAGAGCAAAAAGAUCGGACGCUGA